AUGAGAUCCACCACCACUGCCGUUGUCGCCGCCACGCUGGCCGGCUUCGCCUCCGCCUGCUCUACUCCUGGCAACUUCAUCGUCACCUUCUACGGCUACCCGGACAACGACCCUCCCAGUCCCGCCACCUCGUACAACUGCGGCGGCCGCAACAAUCGCGCCGGUGGCAAGGGUACCUACGACGACCCCGUCACCAUCGCCACCGCCCCCGGCGAGCUGAACCAGUGCGAGAUCGUCUACCUGCCGUUCCUCACCAAGUACGGUCGUGUCGAGGACUACUGCGCCCAGUGCGACACCGACUUCAAGAACGGCCAGCCUCACAUCGACAUUUGGACCGGCUCCUCCACCCAGAACGGCGGCCAGAACCAGAUCAACUGCGAGAACCGCCUCACCCCCGGCGGCCGCUACUCCAUCGUCCGCAACCCUCCCAAGAACUACGGCGUCAACCCCGCUCCUCUGUUCUCUCCCCCCAACACUUGCAACACCGGCAACGUCUACCCCAACAACCCUGCCCACUGCUAG